UCGAAGAAGAGAGUAAAAACAAGCCAUCUGGACCAGACAGGAGCAUUCGCGUGUACGUGUGGUCAUGGUCAUCCGGUGGCCAUCAUGGAUAUGAAUACGCCAGGCGAACAAUACACGUACAUGCUCAGCUGCUUGUAUAAAGUGAUUGACACACCUCUGUACGGAUCAAAUAUCCGAAUCAUGUACGAUGUCGGUUGCAAGCUUCGUACUACUCUGCAGAAAACGCCUCGUCUACACAGCAUCAAGGAUGUUGAUAUUGCUAUCGGCAUUUUCCAUAUAACUGGGCAUAAUCCCGAAUGCCAGGUUCAUUUUCACCCUCGUUUAAAGACGGGAUUUGGAUUACAAGACGGCGAACAUCUGGAAAGACUCUGGUCAUUCCUCAACGGAUUUGUAUCGAUGACACGACAUAUGUCGUCCCUCAACAGACGACUCGCGCUGACGAUUGCUCUGAACUUUUACGCCCAACAAAAAGAUGACAAUUUAGGUGUAUCAAUCGCACCAACAUGGCAAAUUGCAGCAAAUCCACUGAACGUUUGCUCUUAUAGGCCAAUACAUCCACCGCAGAUACGUACGCACACUCAAGCUUGA